AUUCAACAUUGUUUUACCGCGCAUGUAAUUACGAUUAUACCCGGCGAUUAUACCUUCUCAGAAUAAACAGACAACCGUUUCCUGAUGCAGGACUGACUGUUCUUCUCCUGGUUUCGGUUGCAAGUGAUUGCCAAGAGACUGUCAGAUUAGUUUCGAGAGGAAUUGUAUAUCGUUAACUAUAUUCUUUUUGUAAUCGUGUCGUUGUACUUAGUACACUUGAAGCAAGGGUGUUAUUUACUUCAUACUUGAAUACUGAACAGAAGUUUAGGUAGUACUUCUUUAUAUUUACACAGUGAUCUAGCGAUAUCUAUGAGGGAUACCACGGAUAGAUCAUUGGCCUUUAUAUAACCUGAGAAACGACCUGACACUGUCAGCACGGUCGAACAAUUCGGGAAAAACUAUAUGCCGGACUAUAUGCCAUGGAUCUGGACGAGGCGCUCAAAUCCUUGGGCGAUUUCGGGCGAUAUCAGACCAUCAUUUACGUGCUCAUAUGCCUGGUCGGGCAACUCACACAGUCAUGGCAUAUGCUAGCCAUCACCUUCUUGGGGGCGGUUCCCGAGCAUCGUUGUCUCAUUCCUCCAGGGGAGGAUCCAGCGGGUGAAGAUGUCGUCAUGGACCCUUGGAAUCAUUACUAUCCGGUCGAGCAGGGCAAGACAGAAGGCGAAGGUCCGGUGAAUUCCAGCUGUUUGAGAUUUGUGAACUUCACCGCUGGCAAUGCAACGGAGGGGUGCAUCGAUGGAUGGGUUUAUGAUGAAGAUCUCUAUGGGAAAACGAUUGCAACGGAGUGGGAUCUGGUUUGCAAUGACAAAGACAAAGUGGAUCUUUCUACUUCCAUCUUCAUGGGUGGGGUUAUGGUCGGAUCAUUAAUGUUUGGACAGCUCUCUGAUCGUUUUGGAAGGAAGCCGAUAUGGUUUAUUUCCAUCUGGGCCCAAAUCGCUUUCGGUGUCGCCGUCGCUUUCUCCCCAAACUACUGGACCUUUGUCGCCCUCCGAUUCUUCGUCGGUGUUUUCGAACAGGGUAUCGAUUUAACAUCUUACGUGAUGGUAACUGAGAUGUUUACACCGAGUAAGCGUGGACCAGCGGGUAUUCUUCUAACUAUAUUUUGGGCAUCAGGGAUUAUGUCACUACCAGGUUUGGCAUUCCUCCUCAAGGAUUGGGUCUAUCUACAACUCGCCAUCUCCUUGCCCAACGUAUUAACCAUCUUCAUCAUAAUAAUAAUCCCAGAAUCGACCAGAUGGCUAUUGUCCCGCGGGAAAGUUGAACAAGCCGAAGCAAACCUCCAGAGGAUCGCCAAAUUUAAUGGCAAGGAAAUGCCCUCACCCAUCCUCUCCCAGUACCAGACCAACACCUGGACCAAAGACUCGAGCAACUACGAUAUCUGGACCUUGUCUAGACGGACUAAAGUCAAUGCAAAGCUCAGACAGGUUUCUGUAUCAUCGGAUCCUGAUCUCUAUGACCUCACCAAUGGUGAUACAAAGACACUUACUCUGGUGGAGGGGUACAGUAUAAGUAGCAUGGACGCGCUUGCAGAUGGUGGCGCCCUAUUUGGUGAGGAGAAGAGAUACACAGUCAUUGAUUUGGUCCGGACGCGAAACCUGAGGAAGCUGACUCUCAUCAUGGUGUUUGUGUGGUUUGUAAAUAGCGUUAUCUACUAUGGACUGUCACUGAACACAGAUAGUCUAGCAGGCGAUCCUUAUCUUAAUUUCUUCAUUAGUGGAGCUGUCGAGGUUCCCGCCUAUUUCGUUGCAGCUGGUCUUGUCAAAUGGAUUGGCAGACGUGCUUCUUUGUGUGCUUGUCAUAUAAUCGGUGGAAUAGCCUGUAUAACAACAGAGUUUAUUCCUACUCAAACAGAUGGCGGUACAGAUCUGUCGCCUGUUAUUGUGACCGUAGCGAUGGUUGGCAAAUUUUGUAUAUCAGCCUCGUACGCCAUUGUAUUCCUUUAUGCAUCAGAGUUAUUUCCUACAGUUAUCAGGAAUCUUGGAUUGGGUGUUUCGUCAUUUUCAUCUCGAGUUGGCGGCAUCGUUGCUCCUUUAUUGUUAGCGCUCGGAGACUACCAGUAUUGGUUACCAAUGACUAUCUUUGGUUCUCUCUCGAUCCUGGCUGGGGUAAGCGUAUUACCCCUCCCCGAGACACUGGGUCGUACCCAACCACAGACCAUACAGGAUGGUGAAGAUCUACAUCGCAAGGUGGGGACCAAGCGUGCUACUGAUAAGCUACCAUUCGCAGGACACAUCAAUUUAGAAGAUCAUGACACAAAGUUAUGAUUUCUAACAUAAGUUGAGACAUCAACCAUGGAGAUCUGCUUGGCCAUAAACUCUAAUAAUCAGAUGCGAGUUAUAAAAAAAACGUUUUUAACAUGG